AUGCUGCCUUGUCGUCUUCUUGCCUCACUCGCGGCAGCUUCCUUGGUUGCAAUGACCUCCGCGGCCACGGACUUCGGCUACACCACAAACGCCGAUAAAUACGUUAUCAGCACGGGAGCGGGUUUGACCAUUUCCAUGAGGCAGUCGACGUGCGAUAUCGUGUCCAUUAACUACAACGACAAGGAGCUGCAGUACAAGUCCAUGGGUACGCACGUGAACUCGGGUUUGGGCUCGGGGACAACAUCGACUAUCGAAGCUUUGAAUGACGACAAGAAGACGAUCCACGUCAACUGCAAGAAGACUGGACUGGAGCAAUCCUACUUCUUCCGUCCCAGCGAGAACGUAGUGUACAUGGGUACAUACCACUCGAAAGACCUGGUGCUGCCGGAACUGCGCUUCCUUGCUCGCUUGGACAAGGCCGUGAUGAACCAGGGUAUCCUCGAAGCUACUGUCGAGUCUGGUAUGACUGCAAUUGAGGCCACCGAUGUCAUGCAAAACGGUGAAGGGAUCACCCGUUCGAAAUACUACUCGGCUGUACCAUUCAUUGACGAUGCUGUCCACGGUGUCAACAGCACCGCUGCUGGCGUCUACCUGGUGAUUUCCGAGCACGGAUACGAGACCUCACGUUCUACAUGA